AUGGCUUAUGUAGAUGAUAAAAAGAUGAACAUGGAAGAUUUGUGGUAUCUUGACUCCGGUUCCAGUAAUCAUAUGUGUGGGAAGAAGGAAUGUUUCUCAUAUUUGGAUGCAAGCUUCAGAGACUCAGUAAAGCUUGGAAACAACUCAAGCAUGGCAGUAUAUGGGAAAGGCAAUAUAAGGCUGCGAGUAAAUGGGGUUGAUCAAAUCAUCACUGGAGUGUUUUAUGUGCCGAAGCUAAAGAAUAAUUUGUUGAGUAUUGGACAACUUCUACAGAAGGGACUUACAAUUGUAUUUCAACUUGGAAAGUGCAAGAUCUUUCAUCCUAAAAGAGGCUUGCUUAUGGAGUAUGGAAUGUCAUCCAAUAGGAUGUUUAUUCUACUUGCUGAAUCUCAGCCAAGAGAGUCUACGUGUUUCAAUACAGUCAUAGAGGACCAAACACAUCUUUGGCAUUGUAGGUAUGGACACUUGAAUUUCCAAGGCUUGAAAACCCUCUAG